ACCGGGCGGGAUCAGGCGGGAUCUAGCGGGAUAGGGCCGAGCCUCCGCCGCCGGCCGCGCCUCCCCGCGGCAUUACCCGCCCGGCGGCCCGGGGCUUCGCCUGCCGGGACCCAGCUCCGCUCGUCGCCGCCGGGAGCAGCGCGGGGAGCGCCGGGCGGCACAAGCCAGGACUUGGGAUGUUGUCUCCGAAUCUGCACGUUGCCAAAGGAAACACUAAAAAGCAAGGGAAAAAGUACCAAAGUCAUUCUGCACAACUUCUUUGCUUAACCUGGAGUCCAACAGAAUCCAGGAUGAAUGGUUGCAGUCAAUGAUGCAAAUCUGUGAUGCGAUCAGGUGCUACUGAACAAGAGAACAGAUAGAAAUGGGGAAACAAAAUGAAGGAAUUAAUGUCGAACAGUACAACCAGUAUAUCUCAAGCCAGGAAAGCCGUGGAGCAAUUGAAAAUGGAAGCAUACAUGGACAGAAUGAAGGUAUCCAAGGCUGCAGCAGAUUUAUUGGCAUACUGUGAUGCUCAUAUUGGAGAAGAUCCCCUUAUUAUUCCAGUACCCGCAUCUGAAAAUCCCUUCAGGGAGAAGAAACUCUUUUGUACUAUCCUUUGAGUCAGUUUCCAAUUAAAAAUAUCUUAUGUUAAAAUUUGGUAUCAGUGGUGCAUGCUAUUGGUUUUAGCAUAUUUUCCUCAGAUAUCAAUACUUAGCCUAGAGUUACAAUAUUUUUAGAAGGUAGUGCAUUUUCUGGUAUAAAUAAGUAAAAGAAUCCUAACAAAAAAAAUCAAGGUAAUCCUUAUCUUUCAGACCAAUGCACAAGUUUAAUUUCAGUUUUCAUAAAGAUUAUUUGGGUCUUAAUGAAAGUAUUGAGUACAGUAUCAUAUUGUAGAUAUCUUUGCCAGUCAUAGAUUUUUCUGAGACCUAAAUGAGUCAUACAGACUCUGAAGCUAUUUUUAACAUUCUUAUUUUCUUUGGAAGGUGAAUUAAUUCAUUUGCCUUUACAAAUUUGUAUCUAAAAAGAGUAGUGUGACCUUUCCGCAAGUAGCAUUGUUUAGGAAGAAAUGCUGGUGAUUUACAAUGUUUGGAAUGAUCAGUCUUAUACAGUAAGUGAUGUUUAUAAAUAUGUUUUGUGAAGACUGUAAUAAACUUGAGUACAAAAACAACCUUAGCAGCACUGUCAGUACAAGCAAAGUGAAAAUACACAGUCACAUACGAGUUCUGCAUCAAUAAAACUGGAAAAACGUG